AUGCCACCACUUCCGCCACCGCCAUCCCACCAACACCAACGAAGCAAAAUCCCUCUCCUUCCACCCAUUUUAGCCGCCACAAUAGCCUUGGCGUUUUUCUUAUUCUCUGCCAUUAUAUAUCGGAAAAUUUCCCGCAGAAGGACGGCACCAGCGGAUCUGAAGCAUCAACUGUCCCCGCGCCGCUUUUCCUAUUCUGUACUCCGCAGCGCCACCAAUUCAUUCAACCCUUCCAACCGCCUCGGACAGGGGGGAUUCGGGUCAGUUUUUAAAGGGAUUCUACCAUCUGGGCUGGAGAUCGCGGUGAAGCUCAUGAGUGAGGCUUCCUCCGGCACUUUCCAAGGUGAGAGAGAGUUCCAGAACGAACUCUCCCUUGCAUCCAGUAUAGACACUACGUGCUGCCCUCACGUCGUAUCUGUACUCGGGUUCUCCUCCUCGGACGGGUAUAAUGAUAACAAAAGUUGCUAUUAUGGUUGCCGGAGGAAGCGAAGAGGAAGACGAUUACUACUUGUUUAUGAGUACAUGCAAAAUGGUAGCUUACAGGAUGCCUUGUUAGAUAGAAAGUGCUCAGAGUUAACGCACUGGAAAAUGAGGUUCGCUAUUAUAAUGUCAAUAGCAAAAGGUCUUGAUUAUUUGCAUAACACUUGUGAUCCGCAUAUUGUUCACGGUGAUGUUAAGCCUUCAAACAUAUUGUUGGAUUCUAAUUUUAAUGCAAAGAUUGCUGAUUUCGGAUUAGCCCAGGUUUUGACUGGAGAGGAAGAGAUUGUUGAGGAGGAUGAGAAAAUUGAGAAGAAGGGGGAGGAUUAUGGGUCGAUAAUGGAGGAGAAUGAGAGCGUUAUGACAGAUGGUGCGGUGGUUGUGAAUGUGGAUCAAUCUCCAGAGAGUUAUUGUUUGAGGAUAUUGGAUGGGGAGGGGGGAGCCGUGGAUGCAUCACCAUCUGAGUGCCUGGAUAAGACUAGUGUUUCAGAGGGGCUUUUUGAUAGAAUUAGUGUUGAAAGUGGGAACAGAAAGGGGGGUGGUGGAAGGAGGAAGAGUGAGUCUGGGCGGGAUUGGUGGUGGAAGCAGGAUAUUGUUGGCGGAUUGUCGGAUUCGGGGAGGAUCAAGGACUAUGUAAUGGAGUGGAUUGGGAGUGAGAUCAAGAAAGAAAGACCUAAGAAGGAAUGGAUCACAACUACUAGCUCGGUGGAAGAUGGUCCUAAAAUGGAGCAAAAGAAGCACAAGAAGAAAUUGGAUUGGUGGACAUCACUGGAUGAGGAGAAGAAGUCUAGGAAACCUAGAGAAUGGUGGAAGGAGGAGUUCUGUGAGGAAUUGGCAAAGAAAAAGAAGAAAAGGGGGCUUAAAUCGGAUAAUGAAGGGGAAUUGUGGUGGCAAAGGGACGAGGAUGUGGUGCCAGAGAAGAAGAGAAGGAAGAGCAAGGGUAGCAGAAGCAGCAUUGAUCGGUGGCUGGAUGGUUUUAGUGGGGAGUUUCGAAUUGGUAGAAGAAAUAGUCAAGAUUGGGCUAGUGGAGAUAUCCCCAAGAGUGGAGGCAUUAGUAGUACUCCAAGUAUGAGAGGAACUGUUUGUUACAUUGCUCCUGAGUAUGGUGGUGGGGGUCAGGUGUCUGCAAAGUGUGAUGUGUACAGCUUUGGUGUUCUAUUAUUAGUUUUGGUUUCAGGGCGACGGCCGCUACAGGUAACAGCCUCGCCAAUGUCAGAAUUUGAAAGGGCUAAUCUAAUUUCAUGGGCUCGGCAAAUGGCUAUCAAUGGGAAGCUAUUGGAUCUUGUUGACGCAAACAUCCAGUCGUUGAACCGAGAACAAGCAUUACUCUGCAUCACUAUUGCACUCCUCUGUUUGCAAAGAUCACCUAACAAGCGCCCUGACAUGAAAGAAAUUGUGGAAAUGCUUUCUGGUGAGUCCGAGCCACCCCACUUGCCCUUUGAGUUUUCCCCUUCACCGCCAUCCAAUUUUCCUUUCAAGUCAAGGAAAAAGCCUCAAUGA